UAUAUUAGGCAAUUCAAUCUUUCAUUCUCUGUGAGCAAACUAGUAUGAAAUGAGCUGCAUGGAGGCAGGAUAACCCAUUCGUCAUCCGAACGGGGAGAUAUGGUUUAAAAACGCGAUCUGUAAUAUUUAUAAGAACAUAUUUUCAAUAGGGCGGGCUCGAGCGAGGAGCUUGUUAAGCGCACUGGACCGGGCUGUGCAAAAAUAAAGUAUAAACACGUUGGAACGUUACGGAGGUGACUGACUGGCUGACACACGUUGGAACGUUACGUAGGUGACUGACUGUCUGACACCUUUUCGUCUCAACAACCGGACACCAGAGGAAAAUGGCAAAUCAUCAUUUGGGUCAAUUACAAGCUUUUAGCGGUGUUGUCUGUCAUAAUUCAUGACAUAGUCUGGGAAGAAGACCAAUAUUUUACGUGCCAUAAAGGGGCAGACUUUGAUGGAGUUGUGUGCAUUUAUGUUCGUGAUUAUUAUCCACACGUAAAUUAUAUUUAAAGGGAUACAAUAACAGGCAGACUUUUGCGACUAAGGGAAAUCAUGUUUGAUUGUAUGGAUUUGCUAGCGGUGAGCCCGGGACAAAUGCUGGAUUUCUACACUUCGAGUCCCUCUUCGUGCAUGCUACAAGAGAAGGCACUGAAAGCGUGCUUCGGCGGGCUCGCUCAGAGAGACUGGCAACACCGCCGGAGCGCACAUUCCAUCGAGACCCAGAGCACCAGUUCUGAGGAGCUGGUCCCAAGUCCCCCGUCCCCCCUGGCCCCGCCCCGCGUCUACAAGCCCUGCUUCGUGUGCCAGGACAAGUCCUCGGGGUACCACUAUGGUGUCAGCGCCUGCGAGGGCUGCAAGGGUUUUUUCCGUAGAUCCAUCCAGAAGAACAUGGUGUACACGUGUCACCGGGACAAGAACUGCAUCAUCAACAAGGUGACCAGGAACCGCUGUCAGUACUGCCGGCUCCAGAAGUGCUUUGGCGUGGGCAUGUCCAAAGAGUCUGUCCGGAACGACCGCAAUAAGAAGAAGAAGGAGAGUCCCAAGCCAGAGCUGACCGAAAACUAUGAGCUGAGUGCAGAACAAGAGGCCAUCAUAGAGAAGAUACGCAAGGCUCAUCAGGAGACCUUCCCAUCGCUCUGCCAGCUGGGGAAAUACACCACGAAGUCGAGUGCGGAACAACGCGUGAGGCUGGACCUGGGGCUGUGGGAUAAGUUCAGUGAGCUGGCUACUAAGUGCAUUAUAAAGAUCGUGGAGUUUGCCAAACGAGUGCCUGGCUUCACAGGACUCACCAUAGCUGACCAGAUCACGCUGCUUAAAGCUGCCUGCCUUGACAUACUGAUUCUACGUAUCUGUACGAGGUACACUCCGGACCAGGACACCAUGACGUUCUCAGACGGACUGACCCUUAACCGGACCCAGAUGCACAACGCAGGCUUCGGCCCGCUCACCGACCUGGUGUUCACCUUCGCCCACCAGCUGCUGCCCAUGGAGAUGGACGACACAGAGACAGGCCUGCUCAGCGCCAUCUGCCUCAUCUCUGGAGACCGGCAGGACCUGGAGGAGCCCUCUAAGGUAGACCAGCUCCAGGAGCCUCUACUGGAAGCUCUGAAGAUCUACGUGAGGAAGAGGAGGCCCAGCAAGCCACACAUGUUCCCCAAGACCCUGAUGAAGAUCACUGACCUCCGCAGCAUCAGCGCCAAAGGUGCGGAGCGGGUCAUCUCGCUGAAGAUGGAGAUCCCUGGGUCCAUGCCUCCUCUGAUCCAGGAGAUGCUGGAGAACUCAGAGGGCCAAGACGGCCAGAGCAGCACCGAGGGCGAGGACGGAAGCAACCCCAAGAAGGGAAUCCCUAAGGGGGGUAAACCCUGCCCUGUGUCCCCUGACCCUGACCCAGAUGCUUCAGACAGCGGCGGGCCCACAGCGGCCCCCAAGGAGGAGGAGGAAGAGGACCCCUAGGUCCCCGUUGGAACUCAGGGGCCUCUCAGACUGACACUCUCUCUCUCGCUGACAUUCCUUUGCAAAAAAAAAAAACACACAAAAAAUGAAAAUAGGUAAACCGCAAGGUGUACCAGGCAUAGUGGACCCCCCUCCUUCUCCCCUCUCCUCUCCUCAGGCCGUUGGUCCCUUAAUGAACCACCACCACCUUUGCUUGUUCUUAUGUUAUCCUUUACAUUUGUUUUUUCCUUCUCUCUAUUUAUGACUUUAUUUUCCCUUAAAAAAAUGACAACACUAAAAUCUAAAAGGACCAGUGGUUGGUUUGUGUAUAAUUCUACAUUUAUUGAGCUCUUAUUUUGGCGUUGUGUCUUGGGGACUAGGGUGUGAUUGGUCGAGUUGGGUUUGACCUCGCCCGGCCACGCCCCUUACUUGUUGUACACAAAGGUCAUAGGUCAUCCUCCUCAGGUCUCCUGUAUAAAUUCAUCCCUGCAUGAUGGACUCGACAAGUUUAAUAAGUAGUUUUAAUCUCUCCCUCUCUGUCUCUCUGUCUCUGUCUCUCUCCCUCUCUGUCUGUCUCUCUGUCUCUGUCUCUCUCCCUCUCUCUCUCUUUGUCUCUCUCCCUCUACUGUCUCUCUCUCUGUCU